UGGAGGAGCGCUGAUGAAUCACAUCCGUGAGGCCAAUGGCUUACCAGAGCAGGAAGCUAGGAGAAUAUUUUGGCAGAUCAUCUGUGCCAUACAAUACCUCCAUGAACAAGGCAUCAUUCACGGGGACCUCAAAUCAGAUAACAUCUUGUUAGAUGAGGAUGGCACAGUUAAAAUCUGUGACUUCGGAAUGGGGACCAAGAUCACUCCUGAGAAGAAGCUGACCAAGAUCUGCAGCACGCUGCCAGACACUGCCCCCGAAACACUGUUGCACAAAAAAGAGUUAUUUGCUGGGGACAUUUGGAGACUUGGCAUUAUCCUCUAUGAGAUGGUAGCGGGGUUCACACCAUUCACGGAGAUCCAUCCCUUGCAUCUUAAACAGCUGAUCCUACAGGGCAGGCACUACUGUCCCCGUUCCUUCUCCACAGACCUGCAAAAUCUAAUUGGCAUGCUUCUCACCAUCGACCCCUUGCAGUGGCCACCACUAGAGGAAAUCUUAUGGCACCCAUGGCUCUGCCAGGGUGAACAACCUUCUUGUCCUCCUCCUGAGUUGCUUCCAGAACGCCCAAAACCUGAAAUCCUAAAGUUGAUGUCCGCCUUAGGACACAAUCCCGAAGAAAUUAUAAAAUCCCUCCGGUUAAAAAAAUUUGAUCACCGGAUGGCCACCUAUCUUAUUAUGGAGCAUCAAGCAAGUCAGGGGACAGGUAUUUGCAUCAGAGUGAGGCCAGCAAAUGAGGGUGAUACACCAUCUCCAGACCCCACAGAUCCUACCCCCUCAGCUCUCCUUGAAAACAGUGGUGGACCUGUCCCUGACAGUGACUGCUUUUUCCCAGCAAAUGAGGGUGACAUACCAUCUCCAGACCCCACAGAUUCGACCCCCUCUGCUCUCCUCCAAAAUAGUGCUGGACCUGCCCCCGACGAUGACUCCUUUCUCCCAGGGAAUCAGUUUGACAGGAAACAUGAAUUCUGCAAGACCACCAAAUCCAAUACAAGCUGCCAGCCUUGCAUUGAGUCAGCACCCUCCAGCUCCUGUAAGAAGAGCCCAUGCUGGAAGAGAGUGAAGAGGAGGAUUGUAGUAUUCAUGCAGAAGCUUAACAAUUGCUGCCUGCCAACCUGGAAAAAGAACAGAGUGGCUCCAGUGGGACAACAAGGUACGCCCUCCUAGCCACACUGAUUGGACAGUAAAGUGAGAUCAGCUAAGCACGGACUUACUGACUUCAAGAAGGAGCAGGGCCAGACAUUCAAACCAGUGUCUCUGGCUUGCCUGACCCUGAGACCUCCAUCCUUCCCACAAGGAGAUGUGUGCACCACUGUAGUCAACUACAGGGCCCUGGUGACAGUGAGUACCUCUGGCGCAGUGCUGAGGAAAAGCAAUUUCUCUUAAGCAAGGGUAAGAGAUAAAGCCUGAUACAGCACAAUACAAAAUAAGCUAACUAGGCUGAACUAAGGUCCAGAACUUAGAAGGGAGGAAAGGAGAAAACUCAGUCCAUGCCUGAAUCUCAGUACCCAAAUCCCCAGCCCAGACCUAGCACCCACAUCUUGGACAAUGGCCAGGCCAAGCGAGGGAGCAAGAGAUAGGGAACAAGCCACCUAUCUUUUCCAUAUGCAGUGGGAGUGCCGUACGUGAAACACUCAGCACCCUGCCUAUGUUGUCAGCAGACUCCCAUGGGUGCACAGUGGGCUGAGGGGGCACCCAACAAUGCUUAGCAGGAGGAGCAGAAGGAAGUGGAAACCUGGUUCUGUCACACAAUCAGAAAACAAUGCUGUGACUCCCAGGGGAGACUCCCAGGAGCUAGAAGAGAGGAGGCGCGCCUCUUGCUGCUUUUGUGGGCAGAAAGAAAACAGACUGCGGUGAUUGUUGUCUGCCACAGAGCCUUUCGGCCAUGUUAUAGGCAAGAAGAACCAGUGAAGGGAAGGCUGGAAAAGCCUACAAUAUUUAUCCUCCAAACUGACCACAAUAAUUGGAUACGUGGAGUUCUGAAGGGGAGCAUGGCUGGAACUCAAAGCUACGACCCUAGUUAGGAGCACGUGACAGCCUUCACACCUCCUGCUCUGCAAACUCUGGAUCAAGCAGUAGCUGGAGCCCAAACUCCUGAAGAUGUGGUGGUGGUAACAGGAUCAGAUCAUGUCACACCCAAGGAGCUGCACGGGAGGAACCCUUCCAUGACACUGAAAAUGAAGUCAACUCUGAGUUCCUGAAAGAACGCUUUUAAAAAUCUAAGAAAUAUAGGUGGUGAGACAUAAAUGUAUCCCUUCAUCACAUUGUUCCUGGUAGGAUACUUACCCUCACUGAGCAAUGCUCUUCAGAAACUGUGGGAAACUCUUGGAAGACUUUCCAUCCAGAACAAAGAAAUCUUGUGGUGAUUACCGUACAAAGAGAAUCAAUGAUCAUCAUCCAGCAGAGGGCUCAAGGCCCAGGGGAACCACUGGCCAGAAGAAGCUGUGUCCUUGAUCUGGCUGUGGAAGGUCAUCUGGUGAACAUCCUGUUGAUCUCCGAGGUGACUAAAAAGGAAACCUUUGCUUGGUCGGACCAUCGAGAUUUUAACUAACUUCUGUUGUAGCAGUCUGCAUUAUUGCUACCAAAAGCGGGCAGGGUCUCACUAAA